AUGACCACAUACAAUGGACAUAGAGUGAAAAGUUUUGAUAUGUUGGGAAACAUAGACUGUGCCUUGCAGACUCACUGGUAUCACGACUGGAACCAGGAACAGGACCCACGGCAGUGCAGCUCCGUCAUACUCCCUAACAAUCGUCAACAAACACACAAAUGCGGGCAUCUUCCUCCGGGUUUUAUAUCUGUUGGCCUCCGAUGCGGGGCUGCCCUCUUUCUUCUCUGGUCAAUCUCGGUUACUGUUAGUCCCUUUUGUAUGCUGAGUGAUGCUGUUACAGAGCUCCGGAACCGUGGUAUUGUGGGGGUGGCUGACGCUGCUGCUGCUGGUGGCCUGCACUCUGAGAUCACUUUUGAGCUGCCUGACAAUGCCAGGCAAUGCUUCUACAAGGAGAUUAUCCAGGGCAGUAAGUGCACUCUCGAGUUUCAGGUGAUCACUGGAGGUCAUUAUGAUGUUGACUGUCAGUUGGAAGGUCCUGAUGGUGCUGUAUUUUACAAAGAGAUGAAGAAACAAUAUGAUAGUUUCACAUUUACUGCAUCCAGAAAUGGAACAUACAAGUUCUGCUUCAGCAAUGAGUUCUCUACUUUCACACACAAAACUGUGUACUUUGCUUUCCAGAUUGGAGAAGAUCCACCACUAUUUCCUAGUGAGAACAGAGCAACAGCAUUUACUCAGAUGGAAUCUGCGUGUGUUUCAAUUCAUGAAGCUUUAAAGUCUGUCAAUGAUUAUCAGACUCAUUUCCGGUUGAGAGAAGCACAAGGCCGCAGCAGAGCAGAGGAUUUAAACACAAGAGUCACCUAUUGA